GCGGGGCUUCGCGGGGCGGGGGCGUGGCCAAGGCGGCCGCCAUUUUGUUGGCGUCAGCGUCGCGGCGAGGGGGGAGCGCGGGGCCGCGGCUGGGCGAAAUGGUGAAGCUUUUCAUUGGGAACCUUCCGCGCGAGGCGACGGAGCAGGAGAUCCGCUCGCUCUUCGAGCAGUACGGGAAGGUGCUGGAGUGCGACAUCAUCAAGAACUACGGCUUCGUCCACAUCGAGGACAAAACGGCGGCCGAAGACGCCAUCCGGAACCUCCACCACCACAAACUCCACGGCGUCUGCAUCAACGUGGAGGCGAGCAAGAACAAGAGCAAAGCCUCCACCAAGCUGCACGUGGGCAACAUCAGCCCGGCCUGCACCAACCUGGAGCUGCGGGCCAAGUUCGAGGAGUACGGCCCCGUCAUCGAGUGUGACAUCGUUAAGGAUUACGCCUUCGUCCACAUGGAGCGCGCCGAAGACGCCGUCGAGGCCAUCCGCGGGCUGGACAACACCGAGUUCCAAGGCAAGCGGAUGCGCGUGCAGUUGUCCACCAGCCGGCUCCGGACGGCGCCCGGGAUGGGAGACAAGAGCGGCUGCUACCGCUGCGGGAAGGAGGGGCACUGGUCUAAGGAGUGCCCGGUCGAUCGCCCGGGCCAAGUGGCGGACUUUGCCGAGGCCUAUAACGAGCAGUACGGCGCCGUGCGCACGCCCUACGCCACCGGCUACGGCGAUGCCGUCUAUUACGAUGAGGCCUACGGCGGGAUGGCCGACUACUACAAGCGCUACCGCGUCCGCUCCUACGCCACGGCCUCUGCGUACGACGCCUACGCGGAGCAGACCAUGGCCCAGUUCUCCCAGUAUGCCCAGUACUCCCAGGUCCAGUCCUCGGCCAUGGCCGCCACCACAGCCAUGGCCAGUCGCAUCCCCACCACCCUUGACGCGUACGAUCGAGCUCUGCUGCCGACCCCGGGCGCGGCGGCCGCCGUCGCCGCCGCCGCCACUGCCGCCGCGGCGGCCGCCUCCUCCUCCUAUUACACCCGAGAUCGAAGCCCCCUGCGCCGCACGGCCGCCGCGGCCACCACCGUCGGAGAGGCCUACACGUACGAGCGCGGGCAGCUCUCGCCAGUCUCCUCGGUUGCCCGCGCCUCGCUCUACGACAUGCAGCGGUUCGAGCGGGAUCCGUACGCGGAGCGAACGCGGUAUUCCGCCUUUUGAGCCCCACCGAGGUCCGGCGGCCUCGGAUGGAUCCCACGUGUCCCCCCCACCGCCUGCACCCCUCCUUUUUUUGUACGGAGUCGCCCCCAAACCCCUUCGGGCCUUCCUCGCCCCCCACCCCGCGGAUUGGGGUCCCCCCGGGGUUCCUCCCCCCUUUUCCCACCACAA